AUUUUAAGGACAUGACAACGAGAAUUCAAUUCUCUUUGUUUUGGUUACAAAAUAUCAUAAGUUUUUCAUUAUUUCCUUAAUUAAAUUUGCCUUUUAAAAAUAAUAUAAAAUAAAUAAUGGAUACUGUUCAAAAUAAAUCUGCAGUGCAAAUUCAAAGAAUUGUCAAUGCUGCUGAAGAGUUCAAAAACACUCGCAAUGAUCUGAACCGUUGGGUAAAAGAUGUAAAAGACAAAGAACAAAAGUUAAGCGUGGAGCAAAAUGCGGAGCACAUCAAAACUAAGCCGAUUCGUAGUCAUAUUUCUAAGAGUGAUCAAAUGGGAUUAAAAACCAACACAAAUGUCAUGGAUGAAAAUAAAGUCAAAGUUGAGGAAGAACAAGAAAACAAGAAUUUAAAAGCAGAUGAAUCUAACAGCCGAGGAAACAACCAUGUAAAGCGGGGAGAAUACGAAAAAGCAAUAUUGGAAUAUAGCACAGCUAUCAAUGCAUAUGACGGCGACCCAAAAUUCUACACAAAUCGAGCACUCUGUUAUUUAAGACUCAAGAAAUAUGCGCAAUGUAUUGAUGAUUGUAACACUGCAAUCGAACUGGAUAAACUAACCGUGAAAGCUUAUUACCGCCGAAUGCAAGCUAAUGAAUCCCUUAACUUUAACACGCAAGCUCUUAAGGAUUGUACAACUAUUCUAAUGAUCGAUUCAAGCAACAUCGAAGCUCAAAAAAGCUUGCAGAGAAUAAAUCAAAGACUGAAAAAAACUGGUGCUGUUCCAAAAGGAUAUCAAAUGAAUGAAUCCAAUUGUUCGAAGGAAGGUCCAAACUUUAGUCCCUUACGUAGUAAUAUAGUGGACAUUUUUCCUGCCACCAAACUUCCCAGCUCAAGAUCUAAGAAGCAAAUGAAACGCAUUAAAAUAAUUGAUGUCGUUGGACCUAAAGAUGGAAAGAAUUAUGAAAAUUCAAAUAUACAAAUAUCUGAUGAAGUAAUUGAUAAACUUUUCAAUGGUGAAUGUGGUUCCUAUGAGGAAGUGAAAAAAUCAGAUGUUACCCCGGCGGUGAAGCAUAUUGAAAAAGACACCAACAUUUGUUUGCCAACAAAAAUGGGAAUUCAAAAAACAAAGGAGCCUAAAAAAGACAAUGAAAUACCUUCUGUCACAAAAGAAAAACCUCUUCCUCCAGCACCAACGACAACAGCUCAAUUUUAUAGCAAUUGGAAGGAACUAUCAGCAGAACAAAAAUACCAGUAUUUAAAAUCCAUCCAAGUAUCUCAACUUAAUAGAAUCUUGGGAGUUGGUUUGGAUUCAGAAACUCUCUCGAGCUUGUUAACUACAUUCAGCGAAUACUAUUUGAGAAAUGAAGACGAUUUGUGCGAAACACUCUUAGAGGUUUGCAAACACAGUUCAUUAAAAAUCUUAUCGUUAAUGCUUUCAACAGAGGAUGAAGCAGCUUUAUCAGAAAUAUUGAAUUACGUUAAAAAAGAGGCAAGUCCGGAGAACUUAAAAUUAAUAGAAAAAUCGUUUAAUUUAAAAUAAACAAUUUAUUCGAAAUAAAAUUAUUAAAAGAAAA